AUGGGUAAUAUAACACCGGGAUAUAAUGAUUCUGAAAUACUUUUUAAUAGUUUAUUACCACCUGGAUUAAGGAAUUAUGGAAAUUCUUGUUAUAUGAAUGCAGGAUUACAAUUCCUUGUAAAUCUUGAUAUAUUCUCAAAUAUACAUGGUAUUAUAGUGAAUAAUGGAUCAACUCAACAUAUAUGUAGAGAACUUUUAGAUAUAUUACAUAAAAUAAGUAAAUUAUAUAAAUCUAAUAUUUCUAUACAAACCCAAAACCUUUAUAAGCAAUUACAACAAUCAAAUCCCAAUUUAUUCAAUCAGAAACAACAAGAUGCUCAUGAAUUUAUUAUAUAUAUCCUUGAAAUUAUUCAUAAUGGUACAAAAAAAAUAACAAAAGAAAAAAAUUUAACACAUGAUGAAUUAGAAAAAAUCAGUAAAAAAAGUACUAGACCUGGAUUAGUAUAUUGGAAUGAAUAUUUAAAAGUAAAUAAUUCAUUAAUAAGUAAUUUAAUAUCAGGACAAUUUAGAAGUAGAAUUAAUUGUUUAAAAUGUGGAAAAUUCAGUGAUACAUAUGAACCAUUUUGGGAUAUAAUAUUGGCAUUACCAAUUAAUGAAGAUAAUAUUACUACUAUUGGUUCUUGUUUUAGAAAAUUUUUUGAAGAACAGACUAUACAACAUGAUAAUGAACCUUCUACAUAU